AUGGAACUUGUUGAUCAUUUAGGAAUAUCUUUUAAUGGCGAUAGAAAUCUAUCCAACUUAUAUCAUUGGACGAGAGGGGUAUUAUGUUUUAUUGUAUUGUUCCAUGUUAUAUUAUGGUAUCAAAUAGUUGCCAUUAUCUGUACUUUAUUUGCCAUAUUUAUACCUGAAAUAGCCAAUUCAUUCAGAAUAAACUUUGGAAACUUCUUUUGGGAUCAUUUCAAUAAGGUAAAGUUUAGAAUUCUCGGUGAUAGACUCGAUUCGAAUCCAGCAAUCAUUGUUAGUAAUCAUGAAUCCUUAGCUGACUUUUUCGUUAUAAAUUAUUUAGCCAGAAUGUCAGUUUCAGACAAACAUGGAUAUCUACCUCAUGAAUCAGAGAAACUUAAUCUUCCAGUUACAAACUUCUUUUCAUGGUUCUUGGUUUGGAGAGUUCCUACAAUAAAAAUCUUGCUUCACAUGUUGAAGUCAGAUGAGAAUUGGGAAAUUGAUCAAAAAUCACUUGGAUUUGUAUUCUCAAGAUUAUUAAGAAGUAAGUUAUCUCAAUGGAUUGUAUUAUUUCCGGAAGUUAAUAUCUGGACUAAAGAAGGAGCGGGAUUACAACGUCAAUUGUCCAAUAAAUAUUACUUGCCUCAUUUGAAUCAUUUGCUUUACCCCAGAUUUUCUGGGUUUGCUAAUAUAAUAAGCGCUUUGGAGUCAAGCAAACCACAUCCCUAUUCAAAUCUUUAUGAUGUGACUAUCUUGUAUAUUACUAUUCAUAUAAAAGUCCGUCCUGUUUCUCGAAUUCCAGUGAAACGACAAAAAUUGGAAAGAUAUUUAGAGCAUUUAUGGAGGCAUAAAGAUAAAUUAUUAUGUCAAUUGAAGACUGAACAAGAGAAUGAUACCGCCUACAACUUGCAUGAAUGUGUACAGAGUCCUUCCGAAGGUACAAACAAUCAUCAAAAAGUGUAA